CAGUUGUGAACCGUGAUCCAGCUUCAGCAUUCGACUAGAAGCUUGCCUCUCCUUGCAUGCACCUCACUUCCAGUUUCUCAAAGUACAUUAUUUACCUUUUCCCGCCGCGUACUACGCAAGUCAAACCGGCUGCUUGGGCAGCAGCGCGACUGUGGUAGCAGCAUAGCAGCCCGCGGCGGCCAUUAAGCAUGGGGUUGGCUAUGGCGGCGACCAUGUGUCGUCGAACUGCUACUAGCAGUACUUUAGUAAGUAGUGGUUCUGGUAGGAAGCCCGUGAAGAAAUCGAUGAAGAUGAAAACGAAGAUGAAGGUGCAUAUCGGGGUCGUCCUCCUGCUCGCAGCUGUUUGCGUUACCUUCGCCACAUUCGCAGUCUCCCCCUCCGCCGCGCGUUUCAACCUCCCCGGAUCCUCGCGGAAGGUCCUGCGCCAACUGCUGGGGGACAGCGUUUCUGCCGCCAUUUCUCCGUUGGUGGGGGGCGAGGGGGCAGGGAGCGACCAUGGAGGGAGUUCAGCGGAGCCAAAGGAGGCGUGCGAGGAGGUCUACGGCCUGCUGCCGUGCAGCAGCAGCGUGGCAGGCAACACGUUCCUCAUGGCGGCGUACGGCUACCUCGUGCUCGUCGCCGCGCAGCUCAUCUCCGAGGGUUCCGAGCUGCUGCUGCAGGUGCUGGACCCCGGGCUCAUAGGCGGGCUGCUGCUGCCAGUGCUGGGCGCCCUGCCAGACACACUGCUUAUCCUCGUGUCCGGUGUGGGCGGCACCAAGGAGGAGGCGCAGGAGCAAGUUCUAGUGGGCAUGGGCGUGCUAGCCGGCAGCACCAUCAUGAUCCUCACCAUCGCGUGGGGGGGCUCGCUCAUCUGCGGCCGCUGCGACCUCAUAGAGAAGCCCGCUGCCGGCAGCCGCCGCCAAAGCAGCAUCAGCAGCAGCGGCAGUAUUGACGGUGCUGGUGGUGGUGGUGGUGGUGGUGGGACGGGCGUGGUCCUGAUAGCGAAAGACCGGACGCUCACCCGCCCGUGGAAUAUCUACAAGACGGGGGUGACGACGGACGAGCAGACGCGGAUCGGCGCGUGGAUCAUGAUGGGGUCCGUGGUGCCGUUUGUCAUCAUGCAGAUCCCGCUUAUGGACGGCGCCAGUGGGGAGUACUACGAGCAGCAGUCGAAGCUCGCCGCGCUUCUGGGGCUGUUGCUGUCGUUCGCAGGGCUCGUUGCGUACUGCGCGUACCAGGUGCUAUCCCCCUGGCUGCAGGCGAGCAAGAUCCAGUACGCGCGCGUGCACUACCUGCGCACCAUGGCCAUUCGCGACCUACACCACCUCGCGCUCAAGAACACCUGGGGCGGCCUCGUGCGGCCCGACGGGACUCCGGACCGCGACACGCUGCACAAGGUGUUCCGGCACUUUGACGAGGACGGCAGCGGAUCGCUGUCCAAGAGCGAGAUCAAGGGCUUGAUUCUUGGCCUGGGGAUUCAGAACCAGGGCGACGUGCCAGCGGAGACGCAGAUCCAGGAGUGGAUGCGGGAAUUCGACAGCAACUCCGAUGGCGAGAUUGGCGUGGAGGAGUUUGUGCAGGGCAUGGAGCGGUGGAUGGCGCAGUUUGGAGGAGCAGCCAAGCCCCACCAACGCCGCCAGUCCUCCACCAAUUUGGAGAGCAUUCUGGACGGGCACGUGGACACGGCCAAGGUGCACCUGGAGGGGCUGGAGGACGGGCUGCUGGAGGAGGAAGGUGAUGACGACGACGACGAUGAGGAGGAGGAAGCUCCCAAGACGCCCGCUGAGAUCUAUCGCCACGCCAUUUUGCUGAUAGUGGGGGGGACAUUGCUGGUAGCUAUCUUUGCUGACCCGGUGGUUGAUUCCAUCACCUCUUUCUCCAAGGCGUCGCACAUCCCGCCGUUCUUCGUGGCGUUUGUGGUGACGCCGCUGGCGUCGAAUGCGAGUGAGCUGAUCUCGUGCCUCAUCUUCGCCAUGAAGCGCCGCAAGCGCACCAUCUCGCUCACCUACUCGCAGGUGUACGGCGCCAUCUCCAUGAACAACACCAUGUGUCUGGGCACGUUCCUGGCCCUGGUGUACUUCCGCUCGCUCAAGUGGCAGUUCAGUGCGGAGGUCACAAUCAUCCUGCUCAACACGUUUAUUGUCGGCGUGCUGGGCGGUACCAGGCGUACCUUCCAGACCUGGCUCGCGUUCCCCGUGCUCGCUCUCUACCCACUCUCAAUUCUGAUCGUAGCGUUCCUCGAUUAUUUCUUACAUUGGCACUAGCUGGGAGAUGAUGGGUGGGAGGAGCUAGGCUUAGCUUUGUUGCAUAUACCGUUGUAGUGAAAAUGAGGACUGUAGUGAGGUCUGGUACUCAGCUUUGAAUAGUGUGGUUUUGAUAGCGAUUGUGUGUGAUGCUUUUGUAGUGUGGAAAUGAUGCUGCUGUUGAGUGUUUUAUGACAUAAGGAGGUGUAUGACCAAUAGAGGUAUUUAAUGUCC